AUGAGCCAAAAUCCAGAAAAUUUCUUCUAACGCAUGUAUUCCAAAGCUGGAAAAUCAAGUGCUCAAAUAUUUGCUCAUCUGUUGGGAAAAACAAUCAAAUCUUAUUCAGCAUCAAAAUCAUUAGAUUCCUAAUUUAUAACUAAUACACCUAAUAAAAGAUCUAAAAAGCCGUUAAAAUAAUAACCCUUUAGCCAGGGUUUAUCCAGAGAAUAUCUGCAUAAAUUAUAGAGUUAAGGAAAACCUAAUUUACCAAUUGGAAUUUAUAAUCCAAAAUAUUCUGCUGUUUAGAAGUAAAAAUUAAAUCUAAUAAGGAAGUCUGAUUUAGGUGGUAAAUUUGCAGUUGAACACAAGAUUACUAUAAAGCAAGGGAGUGAUUCUUAGGCUUCUAGUGAAUUGAGAAAUCUAAAAUCUAGAAGAACAAAGGGAUAAUCGGAUCUCAGGAGGUAGGCAACUAGAUAGCAAUAUGAUGGGUAACAAAAUUGUUUAUCGAAUACAAUCUUGAAUGAGUUUUUAUCAAUUAAUACAAAUUCAAUUAGAGGAUCUCAAAGUGCACAUCUUAAAGGAUCUGGCUAUUCAUUUAAUUAUAACAAAAAUAAUUUUUUUAAAACUCUUUGUGAUACUGAUUGUGAAGUUGGAAAGCGAAAGAGGAAUUGUUUUUGGGCUACUAUUGAAAAAUAGACAGUCAGGGAUUGCUUUAUGAAUAAAUCAGUUUGUUUAAGAGAUUAAUCAAUAUAUCAAUAUGAUCAAUUUUCAAAUUCAAAUUCAAUUAUUAGUCCAAUAACUACGAAAAUAUUUAAUGAUAUCAACAAGGUAUUUGGAAGGACACUUAGUCUUAAAAGAAAAGCAAUUACGAUAACAACGAAUAAUUACAAAAUAAUAGAUCUAAUCCAUGAUGAUGGAUGA